CGCGGGGCGGCUUCCUGCAGGCGGCGCCGGGGCGAGCCGUUGCCGGCCGUAGCCACCAGCGCCGGGUCGCCGGGUCGCGGGGGGCCGCGGCGCUCAGGCCGCGUCCGUGCCUUCUCGGGCGCACUGCGCGGCCGUCGCUCCUGCCCGCGCUCGUGCUGCCGCUGCCGCCGCCGCCGCCGCCGCCGCCGCUGCCGGUUACGCCAGCCCCGCCGCCGCCGCCGCCCGCUCUGAUUCUGCGCAUAGGCAGCCCCCAAGCCUGUCAUUCUGCAAAAACACAGUUUACUCAACACCACACACACACACACACCACACUCGCGCGCGCGCGCACACAUACACACACACACACACACACGCACACUAGCCCCCGCGCGCACACGCACGGAGGGCGCGAGCGAGCAGACGCGCACACCCCGGCGAGCCAAGUUCCGCAGCCUGGCAUGGCUUCUGGGGACCUUUACGAGGUGGAAAGGAUUGUAGACAAGAGAAAGAACAGGAAAGGAAAAUGGGAGUAUCUCAUCCGAUGGAAAGGCUACGGCAGCACAGAGGACACGUGGGAGCCUGAGCACCACCUGCUGCACUGUGAGGAGUUCAUCGAUGAGUUCAACGGGCUGCAUGUGUGCAAGGACAAGAGGGCCAAGGCAGGCAAGCAGCCGGGCACCGCCAAGCUCCUGCGGGAUGGCCGCAGCGCCUCCGUGGACAAGCUCCCACUCAGGCCUGCUGAGCCCGGGAAGAGCAGAGGGACCUCCCACAAGCGGAAGCGCAUCAACCCUUCCCCAUCCUCCAAGCCAAAGAAGGGGUACUCGGGCAAGCCCCCUGGGGGAGGCGACAGGGCCGCCAAGACCGUGUCUUACAGGACUACUCCCAGUGGCUUGCAGAUCAUGCCCCUGAAAAAGGCACAGAAUGGUGUGGAGGACGGGGAUGCCAGCUCUGAGAAGGACGAGCGGCACCUUGGCAACGGCUCCGGUCAGCCUGACCUGGAUUUGAACGACCACUUGGGCGAGCAGGACGCGGGCGAGUGUGAUGGGAACCAUGCAGCCCUGUCAGAGAAUGGCCUCGGCUCGGGUCUGACCAACGGGGCGUUGAACCUGCACAGCCCUGUGAAGCGGAAGAUGGACUCAGAGAAGGACUACGUCUUCGACAAGAGGCUCAGGUACAGCGUCCGCCAGAAUGAAAGCAACUGUCGGUUUCGAGACAUCGUUGUGCGGAAGGAAGAGGGGUUCACGCACAUCCUGCUGUCCAGCCAGACCUCAGACAACAACGCGCUGACACCCGAGAUCAUGAAGGAGGUGCGGCGAGCGCUGUGCAAUGCCGCCACGGAUGACAGCAAGCUGCUGCUGCUCAGUGCCGUGGGCAGCGUGUUCUGUAGUGGCCUGGAUUAUUCCUACCUGAUCGGCCGGCUGUCCAACGACCGCCGGAAGGAAAGCACCCGUAUCGCUGAAGCCAUCAGGGAUUUUGUGAAGGCCUUCAUCCAGUUCAAGAAGCCCAUUGUGGUGGCCAUCAACGGGCCGGCCUUGGGCCUAGGAGCAUCCAUUCUGCCCCUCUGUGACAUCGUGUGGGCCAGCGAAAAGGCCUGGUUCCAGACGCCCUACGCCACCAUCCGCCUCACGCCUGCCGGCUGCUCUUCCUACACCUUCCCCCAGAUCCUGGGUGUGGCACUGGCAAACGAGAUGCUGUUCUGCGGGCGGAAGCUCACUGCACAGGAGGCGUGCAGCCGAGGCCUAGUGUCACAGGUCUUCUGGCCCACCACGUUUAGCCAGGAGGUCAUGCUGCGGGUCAAGGAGAUGGCAUCCUGCAGUGCCGUGGUGUUGGAGGAGUCCAAAUGCCUGGUCCGGAGCUUCCUGAAGUCUGUGCUGGAGGAUGUGAACGAGAAGGAAUGCCUCAUGCUCAAGCAGCUGUGGAGCUCAUCCAAAGGCCUGGAUUCCCUGUUCAGCUACCUGCAGGACAAAAUUUACGAAGUCUGAAGGGCCCCGGGCCGCCUGCUCCAGCGCCUGCUGGCACCUGGCUUUCCACUCUGAAUUCAGAGACCCGGUGUCCGCCUCAGCUAAGGAGCUCGUCCAGGAGUCCCUUCAUACCUAGGGUUAUGUCUGUGUCUUUGUGUUCUUUGGUUGUUCCGCAUUGGUUUGAGUUUUGUGUAACAGUGGGAAACACAGCGUGCUUGGGCUCUCCCGUGUCCCUGCCCCCGCUGGCCAGAGAGCGCCCCAGGGCUGAUCUCCCCAGGGGUGGCCGGGGCUCGCUGUUCUUUCCCCACUUGCUGGUCCAGGCAGCAGAAGGCCGCUGGCCCUCUUUCUGACUCAGGCUGUGUCUACACAGUGCCUCUGACCGGGGGAUAUGGCCGUCGGGGCGCUCUCCCGUUCAGUGAGGUUUGGGCAGUUGGGAGGAUGGUGGGGAAUUUCCAGAGUGAUGAGCACAACGAUGGUUUAGACCCGACUUCAGUCUCCUCUCUGACACAAAUCUGUGCAACUCUUAGGGCUUGGUCUCGAAACCCAAUGGUGUGAUUUACAAACCCAGAUAUUGUACAUUUAGAAAAUGUUUUGUUAAAUAUAUAUUUUUAAAAACAACGUAAGUGGAAAUUCUGAUAAUUUAUGUGUAUUAUAUGUAAAGCUAGUUUUGCAAAAACCUGAACUACUAGGAAAAUG